AUGUCUUCAAUCGCGGCGUCACUGGCGCAGGCGCUACCGAAGCCCAAAUACUCGGGCGAGGAAGAGGAGCUGCCUUCACGAGCCGUGCCUCGUGGACCGCGUAUCGUCAGCGCCAGCGAACUGGACGAGACACAAGUUGUUGUCAAGAGGGCCGGGCCGCCAGCAUACGGGAGGCGAGCAGGAUGGAGGCCGCGCGAGGCAGAGGAUUUUGGGGAUGGAGGUGCCUUUCCGGAGAUUCUCUUUGCACAAUACCCGCUGGGCAUGGGUCGGACGGAGAAGACGAAGAACAACGCACUCGCCGUGCAGGUGGACGGGGACGGCAAAAUCAAAUACGACGCGAUCGCACGGCAGGGCCACACAGAAGGACGGGUGAUCCACACGUCCUUUAAGGACCUGAUUCCGCUGCGGCAGCGAGCGGAGGCCGGCGACAUCAAUCUCGAGCGGCCAAGCCAGGAGGAGGUCGAGGCGACGGCAGAGCGGACGAGGAACGCGCUGGCAAAGCUCGUGAACGGCGCGGUGGCGGCACAGAAACCCAAGACGCUGGCAGCUAUGGGGGAGCGAAAAGAGGCCACGUAUGUGCGAUACACGCCAGCAUCGCAAAUGGGCGACACCUCACAGAAGGCCGAUCGGGUGAUGAAGAUUGUUGAGCGGCAACGGGAUCCUAUGGAGCCCCCCAAGUUCAAGCACAAAAAGAUUCCGCGCGGUCCCCCGAGUCCUCCACCGCCGGUGAUGCACAGUCCGCCUCGCAAAUUAACGGCGGCCGAUCAGGAAGCCUGGAAGAUUCCACCACCCAUUUCCAACUGGAAGAACCCCAAGGGAUUCACCGUUCCGCUGGACAAGCGGUUAGCGGCAGCCGGUAAGGGCUUGGAAGAUGUCACGAUCAACGACAAAUUUGCACAGUUUUCGGAGGCGUUGUUUGUGGCAGACCGACACGCGCGUGAGGAAGUGCGGCAGCGGGCACUGAUGCAGCAGCGGCUGGCAGAGAAGGAGAAGCUGCAGAAAGAAGAGCAGUUGCGGCAGCAGGCGCAGCUGGCACGAGAGGAGCGGGCAAAGGCGAUGGCACCACGGCGAAACGGCGGUGGACGAAGGCGAUCGCGGUCACGGUCGGGCAGCUACAGCCGGUCCGAGUCAGACUCGAGAUCUGGAUCAGAUUCCGGCACAGACAGCGAGGAAGAUGCGGUGCGCGAGCGUGAAGAGGCACGGCAGGAACGGCGACGCGACGAAGAGCGGAAGCUGCGGCAGUCUCGGAUGGGUGCUGAGCGACGGAUGCAGGUGUUAGCACGGGAGCAGAACCGGGACAUAUCGGAGAAGGUGGCCCUAGGACUGGCGAAGCCGACGGCGUCCAAGGAGGGCAUGUAUGACUCGCGGCUCUUCAACCAGACGAGCGGAUUCGACAGCGGCAUCAACGAGGACAACCCAUACGACAAGCCGCUGUUUGCGGCGCAGGACGCCAUCAGCAGCAUCUACCGGGUGCGGACGCAGGCGGGCGACGAGGACGACGAGGACGCGGCGGCGGGCGAUGCGGAGAUGGCCAAGAUCCAAAAGACGAGCCGUUUUGGCGAGGCACUGGGCCGCGGCACAUUCAAGGGGGCGCGCGAGGUGGAAGCGCGUGAGGGCCCGGUACAGUUCGAGAAGGAGGUCGCUGCACCGAGCGGAGCGGAUCCGUUUAAUGUCGACAAAUUCCUGUCAGAGGUGGAGCAGAGCUCGGCCGGAAAGCGUGGUUACGGACUGCAAGAGGAGGGUGGAUCACGGCAGUCGAAGCGGGCUCGUGUGGACGAGGACGAAGAUUGA